AUGCCCCCGUCCGCCGUUUUCUCGUACUGGCGUCGCGAUCAUCGUCGAACGAGCCCUGCCCCCGGUUCGGUCUCGCCUGUAGGGAAUGCAGUAGGGGGGGCAUAUUCACCAACUCUAAAUAUCCCGCCCCGUCUUCCAGGCUUACCAGCAUCGACGACAUUGGGUGAGACGUAUAUUGAUGGACAAGACUUGCCAGAAUAUGAGCAGCGGCCGCAGUCUGUGGUAUACCUGGGUACGGGAGGAGAUAAGCGCUUGUCAACGGCGUUGAGCUCGCAGCAUUCGUAUACUAAUCUUCGAGUACCAUCCACGACGUCAACCGAUAAUGUUGUGCGCCCUCAUUCGAGUCCUGGGAACACGGCGAAUAAUGAAGAGUCAAUGUUGUCGGUGGAGCCGAUUCAGUCGCCGCCGUCGAACGCGCAUGGAAAUCAACCGGAUAUGCAGUCGCAGCAAAAGUCGAAUAAUGGAUCGUGGAGGUUGGGGUUCAAUCGCAAUCAAGCUGAGGACCACCGCCCUAGCAAGACUGUCGGGAAGGAUUUACGGAUCAAUACGAAUGUUGACGGGGAGCUUGGGUUUAUUGGAGGCGUUACAUUGAAGGAAUUGAGGUCGGAUAUCUUUUAUCAUGAACAACAGCAACAACUACAACCACAGCAAGAGCAUUCGAGCCAACAGAAGCAUGGCAAGACCAAACGUCAUCUUUUGAAUCCCAUGACUUUAUUGGCACGUCGGCGUUCUUCUCAAUUCACUGGAUCACGCGUUGAUGAAGGUAGCCUGAGGGGCAGGAAUCUGGUACCUGCGAUUCCAGACGAUUACGAUCCUCGAAUUCGCGGUAAUAUUGUCCAUGACUUUUCUGCACCACGACCACGUCCACAAAUAGCCGGAAGAGACUGUAGUGGUGAGUCUGUCAAGAAGAGCAGCUUGCCAUCAAGUGCAGUCACACGACAUAGCGAGCAUUCUCCUGUUUUCAAAGAACACUUCGAAGAAGAUGGAAAAGUCUUGCAGAUAGAAAACAAGGGCUUUUUGCAAUCAUCAUUGCUGACAAAUGCUGAUCACGAUAUUGCUGAGUUGCCUGAAUUUGCACGCAGAUUGCCGUCUAGCCUGCCGGAGCAUGAUCAUCAACAUCAAGCGGCUGUUGAAGUUGAAGAUGAAGAGAACGAGAACCAAGACACCAGCAUUUCUGUAACGCCUCAACCCCCAGCUUCCAUUCAACCUACACCACGAUCGAGUCCGCGGAAAUCAGUUGAAGUUGCACCUAACCGGGCUUCAAGUAUCCCCAUCCGUCUCAAAAGUGACGCGUCACGGUUCAGCUUCGACAUGAACGGCGUAGGAUCCUCAGUUCAGGAGAAACUAUUAGAAGAAAAACACAAAAAGAAAGAGGCCGCGCGCAGGGAAAAGGCACAACAAGAACGAUCCAGCUUCAGUGACUAUGGUGACGAUGAUGACUUUGACUACGAUGCAAUGGAAGAUGAUGGCGGAUUUGAGGAGCGGAUACCUGGUAUCAAUGCUGAUGCCGAGGACGAGUACGACGACGAAUUUCAGAAUUUCUCGGGGGUAGUCAGGAUUUCCGAGUCCUCUACAUUUAUUCCGAUGCUGCCUACUAUUGUUGCUAGUCCAAUUAUGCCUGCUUAUUCGGCGGCGGGCAUGCUUGCUGCUGCUACUGCUAUUGCUACUGCUGGUGGCACCCCGCCCGCAAAUGUUAGCGAUGCGUCGGUAGAUAUGACGGCGCCACUUGCUCUUGAGGCUUCUUUGGAGGAGGAUGACGGGUUCGCCCAGAGCGAGAACGACAUUGACGAAAUUGCGGCCAAUGCCUUGAAUUUGACAACAACCCUUAGUGGACAACCGCUUCCACUUAUAGAAGAAGAUGAAGACGAUAUGUAUUAUGACGACGGAGAUUUUGGCGACUUACCCGAGAAUGAAGAAAACGAUAAAUUUGACGAGUCUAUAUUCGACGAAGAAAGCGGCCAGCUAUAUGAACGCAAGUUCUACCCCGGCACCAAGAUACCAGUCGCUUUGCAAGAAGGGGAUGAACAACGGAGCAAAGAAUCCCAAAUUCGAAAUGUCCCUAGCUUAGCGAGCGAGGUUCGUCCAGAGUCUUGGGAUUUCCGAAAUUGUCUUCCCCCGUCAAAACCUACCGGUGGUAGUGAAGCCUCAAAAGCACCUGGAGGUGUACUUUCUGAACACAACCUAGAAGCCUUCCAUAGCGCUUUGGCUCGAGUCGCUGAUGAGGCUGCUGCGGGUAACCUUCAACGAAACGCUAGUCUUAGUGAGAAUUCACUUGGUCAGGGAAGUAACUCUCAACUUGCAGAGUCGCAUCCCGGCCUGAUCUCGGAUGACACUCAGUAUUCGGGGUUUGAUGAUGAGCUUUUGGAUGAUUUCAAUUACGAUGAUGACGAUGGAUUUGACGACGAUCUCAUCAUCGCCGAAGCCAAUGCAGAUGCCUUGGAGAAUGAUGACGAAGGGUUCUACGGGCAAGAAUUCGGCUUUUAUGCACGUUCCAAUAAUGAAAACUGCACCGAUGAACCCAUUUACGGCGGAUACUUUGGCCCUUCAGGCGCCGGAGGCCUCAACCGCAGUCGCAGUGGCGGCGCAGGUUUCCGUGAACCAAGCUUGACCCCAAUUACCGAACGGAGCGAAUGGAGUACUCGCAACUCUAUUAUCUCCCUGACUACGCAUGGUCCAAGUGCCGUCCCGCAGCAACCACCGCCAAACCCUGGCUUGUCUCAAUUGGUUGAUAUGGAAUACAACGAAGACGACAUGUCCCUCGGAGCACUUAUGAAACUUCGCCGUGGCGCCUUUGGUGGUAGUAACGGCAGCCUUCGCAGUACCGGCAGCCUAUCACCCCAACCUGGACCCGUUGGUCAUUCCAAUCGAGCCAGCUUUCUCAGUAUCCCAGAGGACAGUCCCGUGGACUUAACUCCGGAUAUGGGAUUUCAACAACAGGGGUAUGAACAUAGCGGUAGCCUCAAUGGCGUUUAUUAUUACAGCAGUAAUAUGAAUCAGAUGCCCUUGUCGGAGGGUCAGAGUCUGCCUGCGAGCCCGACGCUUACGCUUGAUCGGUUGACGGGUGGUGAGAGACGCAGCUCAGUCGGUAGCACCACCUAA